GAAGCAAGAAGUGAAGGAAGAAGAUCAGAAUCAGACUGAAGCUAAGACAUCAGAUUCGGCACUGAAGCCGAAUAUUACUUACAAGGAAGCAAUCAACAAGUUUGGCGACGAGCAGUAAACUUUCAUUAUGGAAAAUGUUGUGGAGCCGCCGCAGCCGUCUAUAAAUUUACGUACAUUUCUAGAAGAUUAUAAACUUAAGCUAAACUGUUCAGAAAGUGUGCCCUUUUACUUUGACUGCAAUUCGCCAGUGACUGCGGAUGUGGAAGCCAGUUGUUCAUUUGAACUGCUUUCAUCGCCGGACGACAAUGCAAUCAGCGUAUUCGAACCAGGAGCAGAGAAACAACGUCCUAAUCUAACACAGCCGGAUAUGAACCGACAUGUGCCCCAAACCUAUGCAAUGAUAGCUAAACAAAAGAUGAAAUCCCGUCGGAAUCCGUUUACGAGAACUCAGUAUAGUCACCGCCUGAUUGCGGAGCCAACAACCAACGGGAUCGAAAACUUGACAUUCGGCGAUUUUGAGCUGCAGAUAAAUGUAAGAUUUUAUAGACCACCGCGGGCUACGCAUCGUGGCUACAAAUUGGAACGACCCGUUUUUGCUGAGGAAUUCAUUUGCCUUGGCUCCAACUAUUUAAGCGAGUUGCGUGAUAAAAUAUCCUGCAUUUGCAAAGGCAAACGGUUUGUGGACAUUAGCGGUGAUCCAGAAGCGCCGCUGCCUCUGCUCCAAACAGAUCCGGGCUAUUUCUUUAUAAAUGACACAUUUUACAAUGAUACACGCAAUCCCAGCAAUUGUGACUAUUCCCAGGCGGUGCUGAAAUGGGCAAGGUCUGCUCAAGGCAUGGAGAGGGAGCAUUUUGAUGUCAAGUCCAUGGAGACGACACGUUUUAUCGAUCUCACUGUUAGCCUGGGAGCACCAUUGCAAUAUCUACACCAUGGCAACUGUGAGCAUCUGUUUGUGUUCUCGCAAGUGGAAGUAUUGAGACCAUACAGUAAAUACAUUAACCGUAGCUUGUAUCCUUUUAUACGAGCCCUGAACACGUUCAAUCGUCGUUCGUGCUACAUGUGCGGACAGCGUGGCUAUCAUUUCAUUGUAGAGCAGUCCCGACGCCAGCUGCAUGAUCCGUCAUACCUGUGUCGCAGUUGCUUCUACAGCUUCCACUAUGUGGAUGGCCAAAAGGUGGACCAGUUUAAGGCGUAUCGCAUCUACGAUCACACGGAUGACACCGAUUGCCAUCAGGAUAAACAGGACACGAAGAGCAGCAGUGAUGAGAGCACUGAACUAGACUAAGAUUUAAUUAUACAUAUUUUAAUAUAAUUUACUUUAAUUUUAUUUUGAUAAAAUAUAUGCAAACAUAAAUAAUUCA